AUGUCCUUCAAGGAGCAGGCCGUGGCUGUCUCCAGCUGUCUCCAGCAGUCUGCAGGGAAGUUCUUCAGCCUGGCUUCCGUCCUUGCAAAGGAGCUGCUGAACGGUCAGCAAGUGGUCUGCGUCCGCGCUGAAGACAUCAAUAUCUCUGGAUCGUUGUACCGAAACAAGCUGAAGUACGCCAACUUCAGGAGGAAACACAUGAACACCAAUCCUCGUCAAGGACCCUUCCACUUUCGAUCUCCUGCCAAGAUCCUGUGGCGCACCAUCCGCGGCAUGGUACCACACAAGACUGCCCGCGGCGCAGCCGCACUGGACAAGCUGAAGACCUUUGAGGGCAUUCCCCACCCAUACGACCGCAAGAAGAGAAUGGUGGUGCCCAGCUGCCUGAAGGUCCUGCGCUUGCGCCCGGAACGUCGCUUCUGCCGCCUGGGCGACCUCUCCAAGGAGGUGGGCUGGAAGCAUGGUGCCCUCAUCCAGCGCUUGGAGUCUCAGCGCAAGGUGAAGAGUGAAGCCUUCUACAAGAAGAAGACCGCAAGCCUUCGCGCCAAGAACGAGGCCAAGAAGGCUGUGAAGCUCUCUGCGGAUGAGAUGAAGGUCCUGGAAUCUGCCGGCUAUGCCUGCUUGGCAUCGGUCCUGGCCAAGGAGUUGCUGAAUGGUCAGCCUGGCAGCCCAGUCGCGGUGGUGCUGCCCUGCACCAGGCAAGUGGUCUGCGUCCGCGCUGAAGACAUCAAUAUCUCUGGAUCGUUGUACCGAAACAAGCUGAAGUAUGCCAACUUCAGGAGGAAACACAUGAACACCAAUCCUCGUCAAGGACCCUUCCACUUUCGAUCUCCUGCCAAGAUCCUGUGGCGCACCAUCCGCGGCAUGGUCCCCCACAAGACUGCCCGCGGUGCAGCUGCACUUGACAAGCUGAAGACCUUCGAGGGCAUUCCUCAUCCCUAUGACCGUAAGAAGCGCAUGGUGGUGCCCAGCUGCCUGAAGGUCCUGCGCCUGCGCCCGGAACGUCGCUUCUGCCGUCUGGGCGACCUCUCCAAGGAGGUGGGCUGGAAGCACGGGGCACUCAUCCAGCGCUUGGAGUCGCAGCGAAAGGUGAAGAGUGAAGCCUUCUACAAGAAGAAGACCGCAAGCUUGCGCGCCAAGAACGAGGCCAAGAAGGCCGUGAAGCUGUCUGCAGAUGAGAUGAAGGUCUUGGAGUCUGCAGGAUACGCUUGA